AUGCAGCGUAUUGCUUCUCGUCAGUCUGCGCUUAAAGGCGUGCGUUUCUAUUCACACAAAGAGCUCAAGUUUGGUGUCGAGGGUCGUGCCGCUCUGUUGAAGGGCGUGGACACCCUCGCCAAGGCCGUUUCCGUAACCUUGGGCCCCAAGGGCCGUAACGUUUUGAUCGAGCAGUCUUUCGGCUCUCCUAAGAUCACCAAGGACGGUGUUACUGUUGCCCGCUCUAUUUCGCUCAAGGACAAGUUCGAGAACAUGGGUGCCAAGCUCUUGGCUGAUGUUGCCUCCAAGACCAACGAGACUGCUGGCGAUGGUACCACCUCUGCCACUGUGUUGGGUCGCUCGAUCUUCACUGAGAGCGUCAAGCGUGUGGCUGCUGGCUGCAACCCUCAGGAUCUCCGUCGUGGUUCUCAGGCUGCCGUCGAGGCUGUUGUUGACUUCCUUUCCAAGCACAAGAAGGAAGUCACCACUUCGGCUGAGAUCGCUCAGGUCGCUACCAUUUCUGCAAACGGCGAUGAGCAUAUCGGUAAGAUGAUUGCCAGCGCCAUGGAGAAGGUCGGCAAGGAGGGUGUUAUCACCGUCAAAGAGGGUAAGACUCUUUAUGACGAGCUCGAGGUCACCGAGGGUAUGCGCUUCGAUCGUGGCUUCAUUUCCCCCUACUUCAUCACCGAUGCCAAGGCAGGAAAGGUUGAGUUCGAGCACCCCUUGAUCAUGCUUUCUGAGGCCAAGAUCUCUUCCAUCUCUGAUGUUUUGCCCGCUCUCGAGCUCUCGAACAAGACCCGCCGUCCCUUGCUCAUCAUUGCUGAGGAUAUUGACGGUGAGGCCCUUGCUGCUUGUAUUCUCAACAAACUGCGGGGUCAGGUCCAGGUUGCCUGUGUCAAGGCUCCAGGUUUCGGUGAUAACCGUAAGAACACUCUUGGAGACAUCGCUAUUCUCACUGGUGGUCAAGUCUUCACUGAGGAGCUUGAUAUCAAGCCCGAAAAUGCCACUCUUGAGCAGUUUGGUUCUUGCGGUUCUGUGACCGUCACCAAGGAUGAUACUAUUGUUCUUAAUGGUGAGGGUGCCCGUGACACCAUCAUGCAACGUUGCGAGCAGAUCCGUGGUUACGUUGCUGAUGCUUCCACAUCCGAGUACGAGAAGGAGAAGCUCCAGGAGCGCCUGGCCAAACUCUCCGGCGGUGUUGCCGUUAUCAAGGUCGGUGGCUCCUCUGAGGUUGAGGUUGGCGAGAAGAAGGACCGCUUUGUCGACGCCCUCAACGCUACUCGUGCUGCCGUCGAGGAGGGUAUCUUGCCCGGUGGUGGCACCGCCUUGCUUAAGGCUUCUCGCAUUCUUGGCGACGUCCCCACUGCUAACUUCGACCAGAAGCUUGGUGUUGACAUUAUCCAGCAGGCUAUUCGUGGCCCCGCCCGCACUAUCAUUGAAAACGCUGGCGGCGACGGUGCAGUUGUUGUUGGCAAGCUCGUCGACGACUUUGGCGACGACUUCAGCAAGGGCUACAAUUCUGCCACUGGCAAGUAUACGGAUAUGAUCGCUGCUGGUGUUAUUGAUCCUUUCAAGGUCGUUCGUACUGGCCUGGUCGAUGCUUCUGGUGUUGCUUCGCUGCUAGCUACUACCGAGUGCGCCAUCGUCGAUGCUCCCGAGCCUGCUCCCGCUGCUCCUCCCGCUGGUAUGGGCGGCAUGGGCGGCAUGCCUGGCAUGGGCGGUAUGGGCUUCUAA